GGCGCGCCGCGGAGCUCGCACGCGUGAUGCGCGCCAUCUAACGUAUUAUGUUCCUACCCGACCUCCCGCGAGCCUGCAUGGUGGACGACGUCGCAACCUACCUUCAAGCGCCCUCCUCGGGACAGGACGAAUUCCAUCCGUUCAUAGAGGCCCUGAUGCCUUUUGUAAAGUCCUUUUCAUACACGUGGUUCAAUUUGCAAGCGGCCAAGAGGAAAUAUUAUAAAAAACACGAAAAACGGAUGAGUCUCGAAGAGGAGCGGCAUACUAAGUAUGAGUUACAGAACGAGAAAGCAGAAGUGAAACAGAAAUGGGCGUCAAGAUUAUUAGGGAAGCUGCGCAAGGAUAUAACUCAGGAUUGUCGAGAGGACUUUGUCCUCAGCAUCACGGGGAAAAGACCAGCCGUCUGCGUCCUAUCCAAUCCAGACCAGAAGGGAAAGAUGAGGAGGAUAGACUGCUUACGACAAGCCGAUAAGGUGUGGCGGCUGGACCUAGUAAUGGUAAUCCUUUUCAAAGCGAUACCACUAGAAAGCACAGAUGGUGAGAGAUUGGAGAAACAUCCAGAAUGUACGCAGCCAGGCCUCUGUGUGAACCCUUACCACAUCAACGUAUCAGUUAGGGAGCUGGACCUCUACCUUGCAAACUUCAUCAAUAGCUAUGAUAUCCUAAGCGGUUCCUUAUCGCCAAACCCGCCUAGGGACAAAGAGAAUGAACAUGAGGCAAAGAGCAAAGGCUACACGCACAAUCCGUACAAUGGUGUUAUAUGCAACGAUAUCAUUUUAGCGACCGGCGUCUUCUCCUCCAAGGAGCUUUGGAAGCUCUCAAAAGCCUCGAUUCUACAAGAGACGGGUUCAGAAUCUCCCAGUGGGUCAGGCGGCGGCAUUAAACUGGAGUCCAGCUACUACGGCUACAACAGUCCGGCGCCGCCCGCCUUUGAGCCUCCCAGUGACCGAGGGACUCCCUCAACCAUGCUUGUUGGGCAGUGUUUUAGCAUCCCACAUAGUUCGGCGGGUCUCAGUGCUGCGCAGGCGCCCCUGGUGCCUUCUAAUACGAUAUUUUACCAACAUGCACCACCUCCUACUGACACACAUCCUACUUAUGUUUGCCUUUCAGCUUCUGAGGGUCUAUCAAGCCAGCACUCUGGCAAAUAUGAUGGGACACCCCAGGAUUCCCUAGGGGACUUCGUCACUUUCGUUUGCCAAGAACCACCUACAGAUGUUCAGCAAUUACAAGUUCAUACUUUAUCCAGAAGUCCAAAACCACCAUAUUUCAGCAGCUCCAUGUUACCACCACCACCGCUACCACCAAUGGCAAGGCCAGUUGCUAUUAUCAGAUCUACAGCAAGUGAAGUAGGUGUGGGGGGUGUAGGAGUGGGAUCCCCAUCAUCUCCUGAGGUGCGGUCGCCAAAUGGGUCUCCACGACGUCGUAGUCCACACCCCUACCGGGACUGCCAUCCUCCUAUCUCACACUUCAAUCACUUCCACUCGCAGCCACAACAGGUGUUUAGCUACGGGUCUUUAGGUGGUGGGGCAGUGGUGUCUGGAGGAGGCGGGAGUUCGCCCCCGGGAGGCUUAGGGCUAUACGCACCUCGACCUCCACCAAGAGCACCACCAAGAUGGAAUGCCCCUUUUCCAACGUUAGAAGAGGAAUUUAACAUUAUGACAGCACCAACGGGUCCUGACCACGUCGUUUUAUUGGACGAUGAGGGCAACUUUGUUUUCACAGAGCGUUUCUUUCAAUCCAACGUAAUAACAUCAGACACUACAGCCAUGGACACCACAGGGACAAAUGUCCAAUCUGUAGUCGACACUGACGACAUUGCCCCGGAUAAACCGGCUCCAGAUCUUCGAUCACCGUGAUCCUUGCAUGGUGCGACCGAGACGUCUGUUCAUGGCGACGGUUCGGCCGCAACUGUGCUAAGGUGGACCCCCGCGCCCCUCCCUCACUGGCGUCCUGUUACGCAUAGACACUGACCUCUAUUGUACACUGUACUGGCUUGAACGUUUCAAAAAGUAGAAGGGCUACUAAUACUAAAAACCUAAUUACAAGGUUUCAAAAACUAUCAAAUACGUCUUUCGUGAAAGUUGUACACUUUCUGCUUCAUUGUUCGGCCAGUUCAGCGUAUUUAGAUAUCCUGGUACUAACUACCCUCAUUUUCAAAGGAAAACUACAAAGUUUUAUAAAUACUGAAAUUCAAGAUCACCGACUUUAUCGGCCCUUUCUCUUUCAAAUUGUGGUUUACUCUGUGAUUAAACUACCUUAGGAAUAAACGGGCCUGAAAGAAUAAGGAUAUCUUUAAGAAGGUCAAACCACCGGACUGUCUUUCGAGUUUCAAUUUGAAAUCGAAUAUUUUCAUUUGACAAUAAAUUUAUUCGCUGUACAGAAUAAUUCUUUUCUACGUAGUGUACAUAUUUUGUUGGCAUUGUAGUUUAGUUGAGUGACUUUAUCGACGUCACGUGUUGAUGACAACGCCAUCUAGUGGACUAUUUUAAUAACUGGUAAAUCUGUUACAAAAGUUAUAAAAACAAUUAUAUUCUAAUAUUUUUAUAGAAUAUAACGAAUAUGAAAAAAGCCUUCCAGUAAUUUAGUGAAUAUGUGAAAGUUACUGCUUUUAUCGUUGUUUUGCUGACCUUAAAGGCAGUUAAAAAAUGCUUCCAAUUUUCGAUUGAAAGUGUGAUACGUUGUUUUUGUUCUGUUUAAAAAUAAUUAGUGUAAGCGCAGUGUUUUAAUGAGAUUUUUAAUUUAUUGAACUAUUUGGGAAAGACGAGCCUUGCUUAAGAAUUUAGUUAACAUGUAUAUUUAGAAGCGGCUGUCACAUAUUUAUCAUUUUUAUAUCCGAUACGACAUUUCGCUUCGAAAAUUCUCUACAGACUAAAAAACAGAAGAUCUCAAAAGAAGUGUUCACAUUAUUGCUUAGGCUGUGGUUUUUAUAUCGGCGAUUUAUUACCAACAAUAAAGUUUCGGAUUGAAACCGAUAAAUAUAUGAUAGAAGUAGAUCGACCUUUGUCGAGGGACAUAUAGGUGCCUUUCAUAAUGUAUAAUAACUUUAUUAUUAGGACAUACAAUGUAGUGUUCGUCAUAAAUCCAUCCGAUUUUGUAGGCUUAUUUUGUAAUCAAAAAGAUGAAAUGAUAUUGAUGAUUUCCUUCAUUUAUUAGACAUAGAUACCACUAAUUUAAUAGAUUAGCUUUAAAUUAUUAUUUAAAUUAUUGAGUAAAUAUGAUACACUUGCCAAUUAUUGUACAUUUAUGUCGUGCAAAAACAGAAGUAAUUUUACAUUAAUUACAUAAUAUAUAUAGCCAAUAAUUUUGGAGGCAAUAAUCAAAACUUUGAUCAAUAUAAGCCAUAUGUGUCAUAAAUAUGUUUCGCCAUAUUUAAAUGACUUUAGGCUAAUAGAAUAAAGAAUGAUUCAGGACGAUUAACAUACCUUAUAAUAGUUAAUAACUGACUGAGAUAGUGUUAAAAUAUGGAAAUAUACCGAAAUUACGGGCCUGAACUUAAAUAGCCACAGCUUACACACAUAGUCAACUAUUAUGUAGUUCAUCAUGUCUAUCUUUUUGGUUACAAAAAGGCGGUAGUGCUUGUUAUAAAAUUAUUUAAAAUCAUGUUCGGUUUUUUGAGUUCCCGUGGCCAUACAUGCUAGUCAUUAGUAUAGCAAUGUAAUGUACUUAAAGAAAAUAUUUACAAUUAUAGAUCCCCUUACGUAUAGUAAGGGGCGAUUGUGGCCAAAUUACACUUAAAUCUAAAUAUAUAUACACGGUUUGAUAGUUACGCUCGAACGCGAAGGUUUUAAAAAGUAUUGCCGUCUCUCACUGAGAGGGAAAGCGAUAGUUUGGAAAAACCUUUGUGUUCGAGUAUUAGUUUAAGGUGCGGUUGAGUUGACAGCGUUUUUGUUCAUCAUAAUCCUGCAGUGUGAUAUGAAUGAGCGAUCUCCAUAUCGCUAUCAUAAAACAACAAAUCCAAACUUUGAAAUUCAUACAGCACUGCCUGAUUACAAAAAUUUCAUGUCAACUUUUGGGUUCCUAAAAAUAUCCCUUUUUUACACGUCUUCAUUGAGGCACACAGUUUAUUAUAACUUUUAGAUUUAGCUAGAUACGCAAACUAAAACAAUAAACUUUUGGAUUAUACCUUGCUUUUGUAUCGUCGACGUGUGAAAGACGGAUUAAUACAAUUCAGUAGGUGCCAUGUAUACAGGCCAAAAGCUGCAGUGGAUUUUCUAAUCAGUUGCCCUUUUAUAGAGACUAGUUCUAUAGUGUAACGUAGCAAUAACUAACGAGCAAUAAAGAUUAUUAUAAAUCAGCUUUAGUGAGCUAGGAGUUAGUACGAUCGUAUGACACGCAAUAUUUUUUCUAUAGAAAGAGGAUGGAACGGAGUUCCCUGUUGAAUCAGUUUGGUACAAUUUAUAACUUAGCUGUUCCACAGACUAUAGAUAUAUUUAACAGCUACUAGUUGAAAUAGGAAGCGAAGAUUUAGUCAAUUGCUAGCUAUAUACAUUAGUUAUACCAGAAAUUAGGCGUCACGUAAUAACGUUCGGACAUCAGAAUUUCGAUCUAAACUAAUGUGACGAAUUUAAAAGCUCAUUGGUGCCGAAUAUUCUAGACUGUGAUUAAAAUUGUUCAUUCUGGACGUGUCUUAUAUUGAAAUAGUUGUUUUGUAUGAUUGGCGAUAACGCACGAUGUGCUAACGAAAAUAGAGAUUUAAAGAGUGCCUAGUAUGAGUUAAGCGUUAAUGCGUUUAUUUGCGCGAGACGUUAACUAUUUUUUACCUUUAAUCUACGAUUUACAUCUAGUGAGAUGCAGGCAAACCUAAUAAUCUAAACGAAGCUUUAAUACUGGAUUGAAUUUUUUAAUUAUAUUUUGAUUGAUAUAGGAAUUUCAUGUGUUUCAAGACGUAAGAAUAUACGUAUAUUCUUACGCGUUUAAUACGUAAACAAUAUAUACACGUACGCAUACGUCUACAUUAAAGAUGGAUUAAAAAUGUAAUAAGUUUAUUAUGCCCAAAUUUAAAAUUGAUACAAAUAUUCUCAGAUGAUAACGUUAAUUACUUUGAGGUAUAAUUACUGGGCAUUGCAAAAAUGUUCAAUACAUACUCGUUUCACUCACUUGCAACUCACACUAGGCACUCAAAAACAUGUUGUAUGAAAUGCAUUUGUUGAAGCGGAUAAGUAAGGGAAACAGAGAUGUUAACUUUUUUAUUAACCGUGUCUGUAGGUUCCGUAGUAUUUAUUAAUAGCUUUGCAAUAGCGUGUGAGUGUGACAAAUUCAUGCGUUUGUGUGUUUGUCACAACACACAUUCGUUCUAAUUUUUAAUUAGCACCAUUGUUACGAUAUGGAGUAAUAAUUGAAAGCCUAAACAUUAUGUGCCUUAGAUACAACAAUAUUGUAUAUUUAUGAUGCGUUCUAUACAACGUGCUAACUAGAAAUAAAUGAUUAAAUUUACUUUAAAAGCCUGUACCUUCAUUGUUAGAUUUCAUUUCCGCGAAGGCUUAUGGAUACCAAUUACUCACCCAACGUGUGAGAUGUUCAUUUGUUUAUUUCCCCCUGGAAGCUCCACAGUUCGAUAUCGUUGGGCACCCAGCAGUCUGGAAGUUUAUUUCGAAUCCAGAGUUGAACCUCGUCUUAAGUAUAUUACGGUUAAGUAACGCUUCUACGCGUAGUUUCGCUGAUUAAUGAAUACUUCUAAUAUAUUCUAUAAUUUUAGUAUUACCUACAUUGUACCCUACCCGUGUAUAUUUUACUGGCAUGUAUAUCUUAAUCUAUAUGAAUUUAGGCUCGCUUUUAUUUGAUUAGGUCCCUAUUUUGACUCCUGCGAUGCUUUUUAAUGAUUUCAAUACUCCGCACUUAUUUCUGAACGAAUAUUUAAAUAUAAAGAAACAAGAAUCCGUCUUUAUAAGUUUUGGAUUUCUCAAAUUGAAUAACAACAUACGUAAUUAAAGAUUAAUUAAGAAUAAUUAACCGUUAGAAGAAUACUCCUAGUUAUCAAUUAUGUUAGUUUGUCAAUUUACUCGUGCAAUUAUGAAUUGUGUAGCGAAUUUAUUAAUUAUUUUUUAAGUAUUGUGUCCACAUUUUUUUGUAUGUAAAUAUUUUUUGGAGUGUAUUUAUAAUUUUCAUAAAGUAGACGAAAAAUAUUGUUUGUCCUUACCAUUAUUUAAUUAAUUUCGUAGUAUUGUUUUGUCUCGUGUGCAUGUAUAAAUCAAAUGGCUUAAUAAAACACCAAUGGCUAAGUUAUUUGAUUUUUAUAUGAAACUUAAUUAAGGAUAGUCUUGUAAAAAUGUUAUAACAUGUAUUUUUAACCUAUACAUAGUAAGAUAUUUAUAGAAUUUUAGUCGUUUAAUUAUUUCGAACGACUUGUUAUAAAGAAAAUUGGUGCUUAAAGCUUAAAACAAAUAUGAGGCACAAGUUGCCAUGUGUGUAUUGUCAGGAGUUGGAGCAUUUUGACAUAGCAUGCGUUGUUAUGCUCGUAUUUUACGAUAAAUUGUUAAUAAAACCGGCAGUGAUUAGUAAAGCCUUUAAAAUUCCCGACAAAUGGCCACUUAUUAAAUAGGCAGAAGUCUCUUGGAGGUUUUUCCUACUAAAGGUACAUGCGCGAACUUUUCCUUCACCACGCAGUCUGGCCAAGUUGACAAGUUGUAAAAUCUACGCUCAAACAAAUUGAAAAUACUGCCACCUAUCGGGCGUUUUUGGAAGCUCGUACGCACAAACUAGCGCACAAAGGCUAUAAACAAUUUAACGUAAAUAUACAAGCAAUUAUAAUAAUGUAGGUAAACUUUGCUCAAUAUCGAAGAAAACUGAAAAGUGUUACAGUUGAUGCAAUACAAAGAAAC